AAAACCCUCCCUCUCAUUUCCAAAAAAAGGAAGAUAAAUUUGCAGAAAUUCUAAAAAAAAAAAAAAAAAAAUGGUCAAUUUCUCUAUUAGCAUUACUGUGUGAUUGUUUGCAUGUUUUUAUUCAAGGUGGCGAACAACAAAGACUCUGGCGAUUUCUAUGGUGGCGGUGAUGAACAUAACCAACAACAUCAAUGGCCAAUAUCACAACAACCACCACCUGUGGAGGUGGAGGUGCUAGUGCCGCCUAUGUAUUCAGUGCAAGGGAGUGCAAGAGAGAUGUCCGCAAUGGUCUCUGCCCUCACACAUGUUAUGUCGGGGCAGAUAAGUGCUUCUUGGGGACUCGGUGAUGUUCAUGUGAGGCCGCCGAGUUUUGGUUCAUCUGCUUCUACUUAUUCAGGCUCUUCGAGUUCUGGAGCGAUUCGGAUUGGACAAAAGAGAGGCCGUAAAGAAGAAGAAGAAGCUCAAGAUGUUCCAACUACUCAUCAUCAUCAUCAAUUGAUCGGGUCGGUGGUGCCGCCAGGGGUUUAUGCAGGGUUUGGGGAUUUUCAAUCUUCUUCUACAGAAGUACCUAGUACAACAAUUGUUCCUGCUCCUCCUCCUCUUCCAGCAGCUACUACACCAUCAACCGAAACGUACGAAGAAUCCGGAAAUCGAAGAAGGAGAUACCGAGGAGUAAGACAGAGGCCGUGGGGAAAAUGGGCAGCAGAAAUCCGCGACCCUCGCAAAGCAGCUAGAGUCUGGUUAGGAACAUUUGACACUGCAGAGUCUGCAGCCAGAGCAUACGAUGAGGCCGCCUUACGAUUGAGGGGAAACAGAGCAAAACUCAAUUUCCCUGAAAACGUUAGCCAAAUGCCACAAAAAGAAGCAAUCUCGAGCACUCAAUCACAACCAUUUCAACCCCCAAUCCGAUCUCCAAAUGUGAUAUUGCCUCCAGUUUUUCAGCGCCAACCAUUUCAGGUCUCAGCCAACACGAUGAGAGACCACUGCGACUACUCGCAGUUGUCACAUAGUUCGGGGGAUUUCCGUAUGCACCAGCCUUCAACUUUGUUUGAACGCAUGUACUACAAUUCGCAGUUGGCUUCUACGCAAUCCGCAAUGCCGCCUUCUUCUUCUGGUUCAUCAUCAUCUGCUUCAUUUCCUCUGCUUUUCUCCAAUCAGCAGCCGGGUUUUCUCCGGCCACCAUCGCAACCACAACAGCAACAUCAUUGAAAUAUGAGUAGUACGUGCGACACACACUACCCGACAUUACCGUUGUAGACUAUAUUACCGUUAUAAACUUCUCUACUUAUUACGUCUUUUUUUAUGGCUAUUGUAAUUUGGAUAUCUUGAAUGAAACAAAGACUUUCUCUC